AAUUUGAAGAAGACAAUUUUAGCUGUAAUUGUUGAUGACUCCAAUGGUUUUUAUAGGCUUUGUGUAUCUCCUUAUCGCCUUGGAACACUCACUGAUGAUACGGAACUGUCGAAGGACAAAUGCAGUAUUAUGCACCGACAGCAUCAUUUUUUGAAGAGAAAUUGCGACUAAUGGUCAGAGUCUUUACUCUCCAUCACUCCAGCAACAUGUGGAUUACUAGAGCUAUUCUCAUGAUCAUCUUCAUCAGCAUCUUCCAGGGAGAUGAUGUCGAGGGCAGUGAAGUCAGCAGGAACCACGGGGUGUCAAGAGCUCGUAGAUCACUGGUGCCAUCACGAAAGUCUCAGGUCUCAAUUUGCUGUCCACCAGGUACAUAUCUCACCACUGACUAUUCAACGUGCUCAUCAAACAGUUCAUCACCGAUAUAUGAUCUGGAAUUACCCCAGAUUUUCACAUCAAAAUUGUUACCAUCGGAAAAAGGACCAGAUGAUUUCGAGAAAAUUUAUGGAAUUCCCUGUACAUUUGUGAUGUACGAGUUAGACUGGGAAGAGCCAUGGCGCGAUGAAUUCUAUCUCAUGGAGGAUGGUAGAAUUUUCAUCAAUCAAUCGAGAUACAAUCCCGAGAGUGAGUAUCUGGAGAUCGAUGAUUACUGCAUUGGAAAUUGGAUGGAUGAUAACGGAACAUCCACGAAGGUCUUUGGAUGCUAUUCGUUGUGGCUCGACAAAUAUUUUUGGAUGUUAAAUACUUGUAGUGUAUUACCCAUGCCAUUUCUCGCUGCUACAUUUCUUGUUUAUGUACUGCUGCCUGAGUUGAGAAAUAUUCAUGGAAUAAUCUUGAUGAUGUACAUCGCAUCAUUGUUUUGGACCAAAUUGGGAAUAUCGUUGCUCAGAUUUCAGGUCAUCACUGCUGACAAUUCCCAGACGUUGUGCACUUUUACAGGAUUCGUCGUUUUCUUCUGGUUUCUCUCGUCCUUCUUUUGGCUCAACGUAAUGUGCAUCGAUAUCUGGUCAACAUUCAGAGGCUCUCGUGUGAUCCAGAGUAAGAAGAAGACUCAGAGAAAAUUUAUCCUCUACUCAAUUUACGCGUGGGGAUUUCCAUCGAUUAUGACAGGAAGUUGUAUCAUCAUGGAUUACGCCCCCAACAUACCCGAAAACUAUAUCAAACCGAAUAUUGGCGAAUACAUGUGCUGGUUCCAAGACGAUCGCGCGGAGUCCCUAUAUUUUUACUUCCCAGUGUCAAUCACCGUCAUCUGCAACUUCUCUCUAUUUGUUUCAACAACUGUUAAAAUUAUCAGACACCGAAGACAAAUAGCCAAACAACUGAAUGCAAGCGGUAGUCGUCGACACGCCGAUCGCCAACAGAGGUUUAAUCUCUACAUCAAACUCUUCGUGGUAAUGGGAAUAAAUUGGUUUUUCGACGUUGUCACCUGGACAAUUGGACACCAGAACCACCAUGGGUGGUACCUGGAAGAGUUCCUCGACUCCAUUCAGGGUGUCAUGAUCUUCGUGAUUUUUGUGUGCAAAGGGAAAAUAAUAAAGCGGCUGAUGUGGCGAUUUCAAUGUCGAAGAAGAAAUGAAAAUAGGGCUGUCUGAUUUUAUUAAAUCUACUGUUGCUCAUUAGGCAAUAAUGAGGAUUGGUAAUCAAGCUACGGAAAUUAUUGUUAAUAGACUGUUUUGACUAGUUUUUUAUUUUAUUGAUUUUUUCCGCCAUUUUGUCGGCCGCCUUUAUAACCCUCGAAAUGGCGGAAAAAUAGCGUAACUCUUGAAUUCAAUUAUUUCAUGAUUGAGUUCCAAUUUUUUUUAGUUUUUUAGAGAAGCCCUCGACAGUCUAUCAACCAACUAAUUCCUAAAUACUCAAUUAAUUUAUUUAUCUCUGUUUAAACAUAAAAAACAAUAAAAAUCAU